GAUGUUAGAUAUAUUUGACAUGUUUCCGCGUUUAGCGAAAAAUGAAUGAAUGAAUUACCUUGUGCCAAGUGAUCAAGCUGCUACCAUAGUCCAUAUAUGACUCUGUUCCCCGAACUCCGGCUACUAUAUCACAGAUACUAAAGCCAACCAACAACCAGCGUGGAUAUACUUUAUAACAGAAUAUAAUUAUGAAUUAAGUUUUCUUAUAUUUAAAAAAUGACCUCUUUUAAAUUUAAUUUCUCCGGGGUUUCAGACGGGCACCAAAACAAAGAUGAUGAAGAAAUCGAAUGGAAAAGUAGUGAAGAAAUUGUUCCUAAUAAUCAAAUAAAGGAUCUCAAAAAUUUAGUUACUCAGGCUAAAAUGUUUAUAUGUGGAGAUGUGGAAAUAGGACAUGUUCUUAUUAACAAUAUGAUAACAUAUAUGAAAGAAAAUGGUGCAAAGAAUGUCCUUGAUCUAACUGAACAUAGUGACCUUGUCACUGGUAAAUAUGAAGGAGGUUUAAAGAUUUGGGAGUGUACAUAUGAUUUAGUUGAAUAUUUAGAAAAAAAUAUAGAAACAAUUGCAUUUAGAAAUAAAAAAGUGCUGGACUUAGGUUGUGGUGCAGGUAUAUUGGGAAUAUAUGCCUUACUCAGAGGAGCUUGUGUGACUUUUCAAGAUUAUAAUAAAGAAAUAAUUGAAUAUUCAACUAUACCAAAUGUUUUGUUAAACAUGGAAGAAGAGCAAAUAGAUCAAGAAACUAAAAACAGUAAAUUUUACUCUGGAGACUGGGCAUCAUUUGACCAACUUUUGGAAGAGUCAGAAAAGUUUGAUAUUAUACUCACAUCAGAGACAUUGUACAAUCUUAAAAAUUAUGACAAACUAAUUGCAUUAUUCCAACACAGGAUAAAUGAUGAAGGAAUAAUUUUUAUAGCUGCUAAAACAUAUUACUUUGGAGUUGGAGGUGGUACGAGACAAUUUGAAUCAGCCCUUAAAGAUACCUGUCUCAAAAGUGAAGUUUUAUGGAAAACAAGUAAUGGAAUACAAAGAGAAAUUUUAAAAAUAAAAAAGUCCUAAGUUA